UCAACAGGGCGCUACAUUGAUGAUUCCGUGUUGGCGCAAUCAUGCCACAAUUCCCCCAAGCCCAAACAAAUCAUGAAAACCAAGGAAAAGCAAGUCAAUAAAUUGUGGAGUAUCGCGGAGCUGGGCGCUAAGUAUCUUGGUCCUUGUCGUCGCGGUCGCCAGAUUGGUUUUCGUCUUGGAGGUUGGCAGAGAGAGGUCGCCGUAGCAACCGUUUAACCCAACAUUACCUGGAUUCAAACCAUUUCUACCCUAUGCCGUCAGCCACACACAUCUACAUCAUAUGCACGUUCCAACGUUUCCUUUACUUUCUGUACAUAUCUCGCGCGCUUUGAGCUGUCAGCGUUGUUGCAUUUUCGAAUUUCGGACUUGUUUAGACUUCUUUUCUGUAUAAUUCCUUUUGACCGACGGUGAGCGAUACAGUUGUUUGAUUGCUGCUUCCCGUCUUUGCUGCUCCCUCGCAACUCUUGCAUUGAAGCGAGUCGUCGGGUAUCUACAUACGCAAAAAUCGCAGAUCACGACCUUGGUCACCUUACUCUCUCUCAAUUCCACUAUCGCUACAAACAAUCCAACCUGCCCCUCCCUCGGAAGAUCCUCUCGCUGCCCAACCACAUCAAUCCGACCUCCGACCACCACACAACCCUCACACAUCAAUGUCCGACCGUGAACGAGACCGCGACCGCGAACGUCGCCGUCGCCGCCGCCAAACCCAAUCCUCCCAACCCGCACCCGAUGAAGACCUAGCCCGCGACCGCGAGCGACGGCGACGGAAAGGCCACCGCGCCACAGAUUCUCAAGGAGACCUCCUACUACCGUCCCCACAUGCUCGCAGCACACCCCGCGCAUCGCGGUACCAAAGUGACUCGGAGCGCGAAUCGCCACGGAAACCGCGUGCGAGGAGGGAGUCGCACUCACAUUCCCAAUCGCGCACGCGAACAACCGACUCGGGGAGUGCGGGGCGAAGGGAUAGUCGAGUGAGAGCUGAGCAACAGGCUCCUUUGAGUUUGGAUGCUCUGGGGAAAUUGGAUAAAGCGAAUGCGAAGAAGUCUGGAGGAUGGAUGGGGAAUAGGGGGUAUGAUUACGAUGAAGAUUAUUUAAAGGACGUGAGAAGAAAGGAAGAGCGAUUGGAGAAGGAAAGGAUGAGAGAGGAGCGGGAGGAGAAGAGGAAGGAGAAGGAGAGAGAUCGAGUGGAUGGGUGGGAGAGUGGGAAGGAUAAGGAAGCGAGGCGUAGGAGGGAGAAAAGAAAGAGUGCGGCCGUAGCUGCGGGCGCUGGUGCUGGCGGUGCUGCAGCUUUGAUGGCGGCUGGGAAGACAAGACGAGGUAGUGUUGUAGAGUCUGGGGAUGAGAGGGUCAGGAGGAGAAGGGGGAGCUGGACGGACACGGAGGAAAGACGGAGACCAAAAGAGAAUCGUUAUUCGGCUGAGGAAAUGGCAGAAAAGAUGGAGAGAAAGAGAAGGGAGCGAGAAGCAGAGCAGAGGAAAAGAAGGGUAGUCAGUGGGCCUCUGGCUGAAGAAGGGGGUGUGGACGAUGAUAGUGAAUAUCGGUAUAUGAUGGAGAAACGAGGAGGUGCUGGGAGUGCUCCGUCGCAGUAUUCGGAAGAAGAACUUGCACGAAAGAAGAAGAAGAAAAAGUGGAUAAUCAUUGCUGUGGUUUCUAUAGUGGCUUUGCUUGCCAUCAUAAUACCGGCCGCUAUAAUAGCAGGCAAGAAGAAGGAGCCAGCUGAAAACGCAUCGGGAGCAGCAGCCACUGGCACCGAACAGCCGGCGAACAGCAACUUGGAAGGUAAAGAUCGAAACAGUGUGCCCGAAGCUGAUCGUGGAGGUAUAUUAGACCCCUGGUCUUGGUACGACACCACCGACUUCAACGUUACCUACACAUCGGAGAAAGUGGGCGGACUCCCCAUCAUGGGCCUAAACUCCACGUGGAACGACGACGUUCAAGCCAACGGCGAUGUUCCUAAUCUAAAGAAGACUUUUGAGUACGGCAAGAUGAAGGUCCGCGGUGUAAACGUAGGCGGAUGGCUAAACAUCGAACCCUUCAUCACACCCAGCUUCUUCGAGAAGUACGGUGUCAGGGAGAACAUCAUCGACGAGUGGACGCUUUGCACUAAACUCGGUGCCGCCAAAUGCAAAGAAACACUCGAAAAACACUACGCAACCUUCAUUAAUAAGCAGACUUUCUCCGCGAUCCGUGCCGCAGGCUUCGAUCAUGUCCGCAUCCCCUUUGGCUACUGGAUGGUCGAGACCUAUGACGGCGAUCCUUACGUUCCUCAAGUGAGCUGGCGCUACUUCCUCCGAGGAAUCGAAUACGCACGUCAAAACGGCCUCCGCGUAAACCUCGAUAUGCACGGCGCUCCUGGCUCACAAAAUGGCUGGAACCAUUCCGGCCGACAAGGGGUGAUCGGAUGGCUCAACGGUACUGACGGCGACACCAACGCACAACGCUGGCUCGACGUCCACCACAAACUCUCCGUCUUCUUCUCUCAGCCCCGCUACAAACACAUUGUCACCAUGUACGGCCUCGUAAACGAGCCGCGCAUGGUCGAUCUCGACACCUCCACCGUCGUCUCCUGGACGCAAAAAGCCAUCGACCAAAUCCGCAAAGACGGCAUAACCGCAAUCCUCGUCUUCGGCGACGGGUUCCUCGGCCUCGACAACUGGCAAGGCCAACUCCAAUCCAACAAGAACCUCCUGCUUGACGUGCACCAAUACGUCAUCUUCAACAUCGACCAGCUCUCCCUCACCCAUACCGACAAACUAAACUUCGCGUGCAAAGCAUGGACCCAACAAUCUCUCCGCUCCUCGGACACAGAAACCGGGUUCGGCCCUACCAUGUGCGGCGAAUGGUCCCAAGCAGACACAGACUGCACCACCUACAUCAACAACGUCAACAUCGGAACCCGGUGGGAAGGCACAUACAACACGGGCAACUCCUCGACGUCGAUUCUCAAACCCCAGUGUCCCGCCCGCGACGCUUCCUGCUCGUGCGCAAAGGCAAACGAGGACCCCGGGAGCUACUCGGACGCGUACAAGCGUUUUCUAUACCAGUUUGCGAUUGCGCAAAUGGAGAGUUUUGAGGCGGGGUGGGGGUGGUUUUAUUGGACAUGGGAGACGGAGCGCGCAACGCAGUGGAGUUGGCGCAGGGGGAUCGAGGCCGGGAUCCUGCCCAAGAAGGUCACGGAUAGGGAGUGGACGUGUCCUGACAAGGUGGAAGAUUUGGAGGAUUUCGGGAAGGCGGGCUUGAGUGAGAAUUAUAGGAUGUGA